AUGUUGACAAACAGUAGGAACUUAUGUAGGAUUGGAAAUGAUUAUCAAUCAUCACCAAAGAUGUCAAUGAUGACAGUUAAUACGUUGUAUGACCAUCAGCAGAGGUUCAACUAUGCUACCAUGAACACAUCAUCAUCAACAUCAACAUCACCAAAGGACUCGACCAAAGAUGUGUUGGAUCAAUCAAUGGAUACAUUCCUCCCACAGGCAAAGAGAAUGAUAGAGUUCAUUGAUCAAUCACCAUCACCUUAUCAUGCUGUAUCGGUACUCGCUCAGAAGUUGAUAUCGUGUGGCUUUGUUCAGCUGUCAGAGCGAACCAAAUGGUCACUGGAGCCUGGCAAGCGAUACCUCUUCAUCCGCAAUCAGAGUUGUAUAUCGGCAUUCAUCGUUGGCAAGAAGUUCGUCGGUGGCAACCCGUUCGCCAUUGCCGCUGCGCACACUGAUAGCCCUACCCUGCGAGUUCGUCCCGUCUCCAAGGUUGACUCGGCUGGCUACCUCCAGGUGGGCUGCGAGAUGUAUGGCGGCGGCCUUUGGUACACUUGGUUUGAUCGUGAUCUCAGUGUGGCUGGAAGGGUCAUGGUGCGCACGGCACCUGAUCGCUUCGAAUCUAAGUUGGUACACAUUAAGCGACCACUGCUCAGGAUACCCUCACUGGCCAUCCAUCUGGAUCGCAGUGUCAACACUGAUGGCUUCAAAUACAACACUCAGAAUCAUGUCGUGCCAAUCCUCGCCAAUCAGAUCGUUGGGAAGUUGGCUGCCAACAGUGGCAAUAGUGGAAACAGCGGACACGGUGGAAAUGGCGGCAACGGUGGCAACACUGGAAAUGGCAGCCAUGGAGGCAAUGGAGGCGAUGGCAGUAAGGUACAGGACAAGCCUAGCACUGGACUCGAGUCCAAGCACCACCCAAUACUACUGGACCUGUUGGCAAAGGAACUAAACUGCAGCGUGGGCGACAUCCAGAACUUUGAUCUAUGUGUGUGUGAUACACAACCUGCGGCCAUUGGCGGAGCCAGCUCAGAGUUUAUACAUUCGCCGCGACUGGACAAUCUGAACAUGUCGUACUGUGUGAUGGAGGCAUUGUCCAAUGUGGACGACGCGCAUCUGGCCAAUGAGGAGAGUGUGCUGGCCGCCGUCCUGUUUGACAAUGAGGAGGUUGGCUCAUCGUCGCCACAGGGUGCAUGUGCGCCACUGCUCAUUGACACCAUCACACGAAUCAAUCGUUGCUUUGCCCGAGCCGGCGACCAAGAUGACGCCGUCACGCAGCUGACAGAUAUGAGCACGCGCAAGUCAUUCCUCAUCUCUGCCGACAUGGCACACGCCGUGCAUCCAAACUACGCACAGCAACACGAGCCCAAGCACCGCCCACUUAUGAACCGCGGCACAGUGAUCAAGUAUAACAGUAACCUGCGCUACGCCACCGACAGCACAUCAGCAUUCAUCAUAUUGGAGUUGGCACGUCGCAAUAAUAUACCAAUCCAAGAGUUCCUUGUACGCAAUGAUGUUGCAUGUGGGUCGACCAUUGGACCAAUCAUAUCCGGAUCGUAUGGCAUCAAAACAGUCGACAUUGGCAAUGCACAACUAAGCAUGCACAGCAUUCGAGAGACCUCUGGCGUUGCAGACGUCACACACAGUACCAACCUCAUCCAAACAUUCUAUGAGCAAUACACGCAACUUCAUCGUCAAGUUGUCAUCGAUGAUCAACAAGUCGACUAA